UCCGGCCCGGGAGGAAGCGCCACUGCCGGGCAGCAGGCGGACUCGGCGGGAGCUCCUCCUCUGAGCGAGGAGAGGCAAGGCGCAAGCGGGGAUGGCAGUGCCCGGUGAGAGCUCGGCCUUGACGGUGACGGUUACCUACGGUAAUGAAAAACAUAGCCUUCAAGUUGCUUCUCAAGAAGAAGAUAGUCAGCCAACAGUACGUGAUAUGGCUCUCUUAAUUGAACAAGUAACUGGAGUUCCAGUUUCUUUUCAGAAACUGAUACAUAAAGGGAAGUCCCUGAAAGAAAUGAACCAGCCAUUGUCUACAUUUGGAGUGAAAAAUGGUUGCAAAGUCAUGCUGAUUGGGAAAAGGAACAGUCCUGAGGAAGAUGCUGAAUUAAAGAAAUUAAAAGAUUUGGAGAAAUCAGUGGAGCAAGUAGCUAAAAAAAUAGAGGAAGUUAAUAAAGAACUUGGAGGUAUUCAAAAAGGUUUUCUAGCAAAGAAUCUUCAAACUGAAGCUCUUAACCAGUUGGAUAAGCGGAUAAAAGGAACUGCUGAACAGUUUAUGAAAAUUCUGGAACAGAUUGAUGCUAUUAUUCUCCCAGAGAAUUUCAGUGAUUGUAAACAGAAAAAGAAGGGACUAGUGAAAAAGCUUCAGAAACUUGAACAAUUAAAGGAACUUAAGCAGUCAGUGGCAGGCUCCAUUCCUAAUACCUCAUCUUCACUCAAAAGGAAAAUUACAAAUGCAGAACUUCCAGCGAAGAAAGUGAAAGAUUCUGGUGACCAUCCAGAAACUGUCUCAUCUGGGUUGCCUGAAGAUUUCUUUGGCAAAAUCGAACAAGCAGAAGCAAAGGGGCUAUCUUCAAAAUCCACAAGUGGUAACUUACUACUAGGAGACUAUGAGGAGGAGGAAGAGGAGGAAGAAGAGCUAGAAAAAGAAAUAAAAAACAAUAACAGCAAACUUCCUUUGACAUUCUCAGUUCAGAGUACAGCAACUCCAGUCUCUGCUCAAAGAGCAGAAACUGCUGUUGCUUUACCAUCAGGCUAUGUGGAAAACAAGGGUUUAGUCACACCUCUAGUCUUCCAUUCUGGCUCUAUACAGAAAGCAGAAGUACAAGAAAAGUUGGUGGAAAGGAGAGAAAACACUGCAGAGGCCUUGCCAGAAGGAUUUUUUGAUGAUCCUGAAGUGGAUGCAAAGGUGCGAAAAGUUGAUGCUCCAAAAGAUCAGAUGGAUAAAGAAUGGGAUGAAUUUCAGAAAGCCAUGCGACAAGUCAAUACAAUUUCAGAAGCUAUAGUGGCUGAAGAAGAUGAAGAAGGGAGAUUAGACCGUCAAAUUGGAGAAAUUGAUGAACAAAUUGAAUGCUUCCGUCGUGUUGAACACCUGCGUGACCGCCAGGAUACAAUGAAAGACAAACUGAAGGAAGCCAUGAGGCUAAGAGCCAUACAUGCAAAGGAGGACGAAGAUAUUGGUAGUGAUGAUGAAGGAGAAUUGCAGGACUUGCUUUCACAGGAUUGGCGGGCAAAAGGAACAUUGUUGUAGCUGUCUGGAAUGGGGAAUUAACCUAUUGAUGAGUGUACCAAUGUAUGGUAACAUACCACCUUGCACCCUUUUAGUCCUGCAGAUGUCAGAAUAAAUUGUAAAAUGUGUUCAUAGCUUUAGGAAUAGAAGCAUAUUGUACAUUGUAAAGUUGUACAUUGUAAAAUCUUUUAUAAAGUAUGUUGUAGAUUUCCUACUGAAGUCCACAGGAAAUGUUUUCUUUGCCUUUUUUUCUGCACCAGCGUUUUGAUACCAUUCAAAGUGUGUGAUUUCCUUGAGGACAGCUUAACAUAUAAACAAGUGUUAGCUGAACAGCUGGGGCCAAGCUGCAGUUUUGCAGGGUCUCAAAAUGAAGGUUCGGAAACUGGAGAGUUGUUCAAGCUCCUCCAUUAGACUUGCGCCAAUUCCAUACAAUGUGACCUCUGUUUCUUAACGCAAAUUCUUUUGAAAUGCUCCUCAGUUACCAUUUAAUAGGGAUAUCUACUGUUUGAGGAAAUGAAGUCUGCAGUCCCCUUGAAUUUGUAAAACACAUUAUUUGCAGAGUAAGUCCUUAUACAAGCCUUCCGCUCUUAAAUAUUUGAAGCAGUAGUUUUACUUAAGAGCUUUACUGAUGCUUUUUGUUUUGUUCCUUUGUUCUCGCUGCACCUUUUUCACUGACCCGUUCCUAUUUACAAAGUUAUUGGAGCAGUUAAUUUGUAUAAUCCAUGGAAUAUAUGUGGUCUAUCUUGGAUUUUCUUCGGAUUGUUUAGAAGUUGGCUUAACCCAGGGUUGAAUUCUGACCAUUUGGUUUGGGAAAAGAGGUAAAAUUACUUUUGCAUAAAUUUUGGCACUUAA